AUGUCGGAGAACGAUGACGACAAUAAUAAUAGUAAAAAGAAGAACAAAAAUGACAUGACUUUAGAAGAACGCAUCGCCUCGGGAGAGUUCACCAAAGACGCCUCCACCGGCCCUUUGCGCAAAGUCGCGGAUUCCAUAAAAUCCGCCUUGCCUGGGUUUAAAGAGACGGAAAGUCCAAUCAUCAAGGCUUUGAUUUUAUCUCUGACGAAAACGCAAAAGAAAUGGAAGCGAGAGGCGGACAGUCAAAUGCCAGUCGCUUCGGGCGAUAUUCGAGAGAUUGCCGGGCAGCCGGUGUUCGUGCCGCUGUAUAAACUCUUCUUGGCGUACGGGGAACAGUUCGUUUUGGCCAUCGGGCCGAAAAAGUUCGUCGUGGUUUCCGAUAACAAAGUCGCGAAGGAAAUUCUGUUGCACCAGGCGAAAUCGUUCUCGAAAGGUUUACUUUCCGAGAUUUUGGAUUUCGUCAUGGGACAAGGGUUAAUCCCGGCCAACGGCGAGGUGUGGAAGAUUCGCAGAAAGAUUAUCGUCCCGGCGUUGCACCGAAAAUACGUCGCGAGCAUGGUGGAUAUGUUUGGCGAUUGUGGGUUGAAAGGAAGCGCGCAGUUGGCGAGGGCGGAGAUUGACGGGACGUCCGUGGAGAUGGAAAACUUUUAUUCGCGGUUAGCGUUGGAUAUCAUCGGGAAGGCGGUGUUUAAUUACGAUUUCGAUUCGUUGAAAACGGACGAUCCCGUGAUUAAAGCCGUGUAUACGGUGUUGAGAGAGGCUGAAUACAGGUCAGUGACGUUUAUUCCGUAUUGGAAGGUGCCUCCUUUGUCGUAUUUGGUGCCGAGGCAACGCGCGUGUCAAGAAGCCUUGGUCGUCGUGAACGAUACUUUGAACGUGUUGAUUGAACGGUGCAAGAAAAUCGUCGAGGAAUCCGACGACGAGUUCGUCGAAGAAUACAUGAACAAGGAAGACCCGUCGAUUUUGCACUUUUUAAUCGCGUCUGGAGACGACGUGACCUCGAAACAGUUGAGAGACGAUUUGAUGACUUUGUUAAUCGCCGGACACGAAACCACCGCGGCGGUGUUGACGUGGACGACGUUUUUAUUGGCGAAACACCCAGAGGUGAAGGAGAAAGUCUUCGAGGAAGUCGAUCGAGUGUGCGGCGAUCGAUUACCGACGGUGGCUGAUAUGAGGGAGUUGAAAUACACGUCGAGAGUGAUCAACGAGUCCAUGAGAUUGUAUCCGCAGCCGCCGGUGUUGAUUCGCCGAGCGAUCGAACCGGUGAAAUUGGGCGGCUACGACAUCGCCGAAGGGACGGAUUUUUUCAUCUCCGUUUGGAAUUUACACCGAAACCCGAGGUUGUGGGACAAGCCGGAGGAGUUUAUUCCGGAACGAUUCCCAGUCGACGGGAAAGCGCCGGACGAGUACACGGAGGAUUUCGCCUAUUUACCUUUUGGCGGCGGGCAAAGAAAAUGCAUCGGAGACCAGUUUGCGAUUUUUGAAUCCAUCGUUACUUUAGCCAUGAUCAUGCGACGCUUCGAUUUCGAGUUGGACCCGAAGUUUCACCCGGACGGCGAGUGUGGCAUGACCACCGGGGCAACCAUUCACACGACCACCGGUUUACACGUAAAAUUAAAGCGAAGAAAUAAACACGGCGGCGAGGAGAUGAAUGGAGAAUAUACGGCGUCGACGAAGGAGUCGCUGCCGGUGUACAAAUCCUUGGACGAGUUGGACGAUAUCGACGUCGCGAGUGGGGAUCCACACGCCGGUGGGAGCAAUGGGACGCAAAGCGGAAAGUUAGAAGACGCGGCGGUAUCUAUUUCCGUGGCGGAACAAAUCGUCGAGGCGGAGAAAACUAGAGCGCGGUAA